CUUGUUUUCUUCUUCACAUCUUCCUCUUUCUUUCUGCCUCCUCACUCUCUUUACGCUUUGUUCUCUCAGUUCAAACUUUUUAAAACUGAGUUAGUUGUUCUCUCUUUUUCAGUUUAACUUCUUUCUUGAAUGCUUACUUAUUAGAUUUAUACAUAUACAGGUAGAAUAAGUUUAGAGUUCGUGUUUAUAAAUAUAUAUGGACAAUUUUAUGUUCAUCUUGACCUACAGCAAGAUCUAAAACCUAAGAAUUAGACAUCAUCGUUAUCUUUUUCUUGUUGUUUUUGUUGUUGGUUCUUUUUGUUUCACAGUCAUGGCACACCGGUGGUGGGCCGGGCAAGUGGGUCUACCAGGAAUGGACACUUCAGCUAGUUCGUCAUCUCCCAUCAAAAAACCAGAUCUGGGCAUUUCUAUGACCAACAAUAAUGGAGAAAGUGGAAGUGGAGGCGGCGACGAAGAAGAUGAAAGAGAGAACAGUGAUGAGCCUAAAGAGGGAGCUAUUGAAAUCUCCACGCGCCGCCCUAGAGGUCGUCCGCCGGGCUCAAAGAACAAACCUAAACCUCCUAUAUUUGUUACAAGAGAUAGCCCUAACGCACUUAAAAGUCACGUCAUGGAAAUAGCUAAUGGCUCUGAUGUUGCUGAAACCCUAGCUAAUUUCGCCAGAAGGAGACAAAGAGGUGUAUGUGUGCUCAGUGGCAGCGGCACAGUCACCAAUGUCACCCUUCGCCAGCCCUCCGACCCCGGUGCCAUCAUGGCGAUUCACGGUCGGUUUGAGAUAUUAUCCCUAACCGGAGCCUUUCUGCCCGGUCCAGCUCCUCCCGGUUCGACCGGGCUGACUAUCUACUUAGCCGGUGGGCAGGGGCAGGUUGUGGGGGGCAGUGUGGUUGGGUCACUGGUGGCAGCAGGCCCGGUGAUGGUAAUCGCAGCGACGUUCUCGAAUGCUACUUAUGAGAGGCUGCCACUCGAAGAGGAAGAAGAAGGAGGCAGCGGGGGGUUACAGGGGCCACUAGGAGGCAGUGGAGGCGGCGGGAACGGUGCCAGUAGCGGUGGUGGCUUGGGUGAUCCUUCAGGGUUGCCAGUUUAUAACAAUUUGCCUCCAAACUUGGUGCCGAAUGGAGGACAGCUGAGCCAUGAAGCUUAUGGUUGGGCUCAUGGGCGACCACCUUUUGCAUAAAUAGUGAAGUAAAGAAGAUGAAAGAUUAAAGUUUAAGAGUUUUUGCUAGCUUGUGUUGCCAUGAAUGGAGAGACAGAUUAAGAAAGUAAUCAACAGAUGAAUAAAUUAAUGUGUAAUUUUAAGUCUAUGUUUUUGUAUAUUAAUUUCUCUGCUGUUAUAUGUGUUCAA